AUGCUGGGGCGUAGUUUUUAGAGCAGUUCUCAGUAGUUAGUGGUUAGGCCCUCAGCGCUGCCGAUAACGUUUCUUGUAGAAAAGCGGAACGUCGCUCCUUUUUUUUUUCUUUUUCUUUUUUUUUGUGGUUCAUGAAAAACAGGGCUUUGUUGGCUCAGCCACCGCAGGCUACUAGUUGCUCCGAUCGCUGAUGUCGUUGAAGCCGCGCGCGUAGGAUAGCGGUUCAAGCAUAUAGAACUACUAUCACGGUUGAAUGCUUUUCGUAACACAGGGGGCCCUAAGGCGACGGGGUGGUUGUGCUCUCCAACCUCAGCAGGUGUUGCUGCUCACGUCCCUCCCUUACCUGUCAGCGGAAGUCCUUGGGGUUUCAGCAAUUGACCUCUUAGCUUGCUCAAAACGAGGAGCGGUAAAAUUGAAUCGACGUCGCGGUGCAAUCAUGAUGCGGGAAGACGACGAUGAGCUCGAGGUGUCCUUCCCCCCAGAACGUCCCUCCAAUGACCGCUCGGCCUCACCACCUCGCUGGGUCUCAGAGUGCGAAAUUGAGGAGCCGGAAAUCUCUAGGGGAUUCCAACACCUAGAGGUCGAUUCGCCCAGGAGCCGUCCUGCCUUGUCACUCUCCACCCUAGUCGUCCCCAAUCGGCAUAUGCAGUUGACUCAGGUCAUGUCCACUCUUGAGCUCCCAGCGUUCAUACAAGGCGCUCUGAGCCUGGUCAGAGUCUCAGAGCAUUUCACUGGCUGGAUCUUUUCAAUCACACGGAAUUGCCGGCAAGCUGCCAAUGUCCUCAUGGCAGUUUGGGGCACAGACCUGUUCUUCUCAAGGACACGUAUUGCUAUCUGAGCUCUCUCCAAGUCCAAGGUACCUGGCCUGGGUUUAACGUUGGUGCCUAAGCACCAUUCCCCUGCUUCCAAUCAGCGAGGCGUUAUGUUUAAAAGCUCUGGAGUGUCCACACGGCAAACGUGAAGAGAAAAGCAGGUUCUUCAACAGAAUGCUUUGAGAGUGCAGACGGCUGGUGAAACAUGUGGGUUUGGUGGUGAUGCUGCUGGUCAUGCUGUGCACAUGGCCCUGCGAUGUACAUAAAUGGAGCAAGAACCUUGUUUUUGUUCGUCUAUCUUGUCACUGCUUUUCUCAUCUGCCUUCCCUCUGGUUCAGAAUCCCCUGUGACCACUUUCACUUAGCCGAUUUUGGUUGACUUCAGAAAUCGUGGGAGGGUUUUGGUAGCUUCUAGAAGAAGAUUUACGGUAUGGCUUUUCUGUUGUCCUCCAGUACCAAAGCAUUAGUGUACCCUACUUGAAAGUUUUC